AUUACACUGACUCCUGCAAGAGCUCUUUUGAAUGAGUUAUUCCCUCCAACUCAUGAGACUUCAAUCCGGCCAGGUUCCAAUGAUACUCCUACUAUCGUCACUAUUAUUCCCAACCAACUUAUUCUUCUGUUUAUGGACCAACAACAGGAGACCAUACAGUUUUCGGAGGAGUUUAUGCUAUCAUGGAAAGAUCCACAACUUUCAUGGAAUAGGGAUACCAUCAAAUACACCAAACCAUGGAUCAAGAUAGCAGAGACAAGUGUAUGGACUCCUGAUAUCAUUUUUACUGAAGCGUGA